UUGGUGGUGGUGAUGAUGAUGAUGAUGAUGAUGAUGAUAAUGAUGAUAACGAUUGAUGAUGAUGAUGAAGAAAAAGUAGAAGAAGAUGAUGAUGAUCAUCAUGAUCAUGAUCAUGAUCAUGAUGAUCAUAAUGAUGAUCAUAAUGAUGAAUGAUGAUGAUGAUGAUGAUGAUGAUGAUGAUGAUGAUGAUGAUGAUGAUGGGGAUGAGCAUCAUAUCGAUAAGAACUUUAGAAGACUGUGACGUAAACGAUAAUUAUAGUCGAUACUUAGUUUUAAAAAUGGCUGCGCCCUUGGACGAAGGAGACGGAGAUUUCAUUUCAGAUGAUCUUUACGCCCUUCUUAACAUAUCAAAAGAGGCAACUAAAGAUGAGAUCACUCAGUCAUACAAGCAACUCAGUAGAAUCUACCACCCUGAUAAGCAUCAGGAUCCCGUGAAGAAGAAAAAGGCAGAACAGGUCUUCAGCAAGAUAAAGAGGGCCCAUGAAGUUUUGACAGAUGCACACAAAAGAGUUAUAUAUGAUCUGUAUGGAGAGAAAGGUUUGGAGUCGUACGGACUUGAGAUCGUAUCGCGGACUAAGACACCGGCAGAAAUCAUAGCCGAAUACAAACGUAUACAGGAAGAUGAGGAACAGAAGAGGCUGGAGCGACGAACCAAUCCUCAUAGCUCAGUGGAGAUGGUGAUUGAUGCAACGUCACUCUUUGAAAGAGAUGAAUAUGCUGAGUUCUCAGACUCCAUGCCAGAGAUCAACUCCCUGACAGUGUCACAGUCUGUUGAAUGUCCCCUCACAAGUCAGGACACAGGCAUCAUCAGCUGGAACGUCAACGCGGCCAAUGGACGGGGAACCGGCAGCUUCACCACCACGUACAGACGCCUGCUGGCCAACAGGGGAACCAUACAAGCUGCUUUGCAGUUUGGCAAUAAAGAUGAUCUUACAUUAAGAUGGUCACACAAUGUGAACAAGAAUUGUGUCUUCAAGUUGCACACUAGAUUGGCUGCUUUCUCUGAUAAUGACACAUUGAAAAUCACAGUGGGAUUUGGUGGAGGUUUUGUGUACGUGUUUGACAAAAACUGGCAGGGUAGGAUCCACUACAACGUGUUGCCUGUAUCCAGUCUCAGCACUGUGCUCGUGUACAACUCAGAGAGACGUCAAGUGGUCAUGCAGAUCAUGCUUAGUCCCAUGAACAGUUAUAUCCACGGGGGAUACACACACAAGUUCGAGAACCAGGAAGGGGAUGUCUCUGUAGUAACAAGAGUGGGAACCCAAGGCUUCUUGGUGCAAGCUGGAGUGGAGAAAAAGAUAACAUCAUUCAGCACAAUAGGAGCCACGUUGUCCGUAGGGGUCCCCACAGGGGUAGCUGUUACUGUCAAAUUGUUUCGAGGCCAGCACAGUUUCAUCGUUCCCAUCAAUCUUUCAAGCGAGAUAAUGCCGUCUGCUGUGUUUUAUGGCACCAUAACUCCCAUCAUCGUGUACAUGGCCGUGAAAAAACUGAUUGUCAACCCUUUCCUCACACAGCAAAAAGAGAAAGAUUUGGAGCGUAAGAAGAACGAACACCAGGAACGUAUGCAGGAGAAGAGGAGGGAAGCUGAGGCCAUGGUGGAGUUAAUGCGAGAGACUGUAGAGAGAAAUAUUGAGAUGGAGGAGAGAAAGAACGGGCUGAUCAUCACCACGGCAAUAUACGGCAAACUGUCUGCAGAGAAUCCAGGAGAUCUUCAAAGUGAAGACUGUAUAGACGUUACUUUACCACUGCAAGCCCUGGUCAAAGACUCCAAACUCAUAUCACCUGAGAAAAACACCAUGUGUGACCUUCCAGGCUUUUACGACCCCUGCUUCGGCGAAGAGAAAAAGCUGUAUGUGAAAUACAAGUUCAGAAAGAAGCUCCAUCACACAACUAUAGGGGAUAAGGAGAAUAUUAGACUGCCACAGCAGAAACAUUUGUUACGAGAAGAAGAGUUGCCUCCCUUCAUAUCAGAAGAUCCCGAGACCUGAUAGCAUCUUGACUUGGACAGCGUAAUGUGCCAAGUGACCUAUCAACUAUUCCAUCAUACACUGCUGGGGACAAUGGUUGCAUUGACAGGGUUUUUGAAUGCUUCAUCAUUUGGACUUGAAGAUUUAAAAUCUCAUUGAUAUUGUUUCAGUUCAUCAUGGAGACCAACAAAAUACUUGUAUGAUCUGUUACUAUUUAAUGGUAUACUGUGGGAGACCUGGCUGUGAAUGUUUGUACCGUAUUCAUUAAUAUUAAUGAGAAAAAUAUGUAUUCAUUGAUAUUAAUGAGGCAGUUUGUAUUCAUCAAUAUUAAUGAGGCAUCCAUUGUACUUAAUUAAAUUGCAAUUAAUUCCCAUACAUUUAAAUACUAUAGUGAAUGAAGACCUUAAGGCAAUGUAAUAAAAAAUUAGGCAAGCUGACAGACAUGUUACUGUUUAGAAGUUAUGGUUUCAUUGACAAAGUUUCCCUGAACAGUUUGACUCAGAACAAAUGAAAUAGCACAUACAUUAUUCAAGAGUUCGAAUUUGAACAAGGCUAGUCUUCCAAAAGUCGGUUUAGGAGCAAUUCAUAUUUGACACAAUGCGGGCUCUAAUGAUGCCUGUCACUGGGGCUGUAAAAAUUCAAAAGAGAUAUUUCAUUGUUUAAAAGCUUAUUGUCAUUCAGUGAUAAUUAUAUAGUCAAUAAACAUCCAGUUAGUUUCGGAUAACCAGAAAAAUUUGUCAGAAGACCAAUAAUUAAUUUUCUUUAGUAUAAAUGCAUAUCAAGGAAGUAUAUUUAGUGUUGGUGGUGCAGAAAUAUUGUUCUGUUCUGCCAACGUACUGAAUAUGUUAUUUGUUAGAAAAUCGGCAAGGUGCGGUGUCAGUUGUCAAUUGUCGCUUUUUCCCCCACAAAGUGGAAGACAUUAAGCAUUGCACUUUUCCUCCAUCCUUCUUAAAUCUCAAAGUUUUUGGACCCAACUCCUCUAACUGCUUGAGAGUUUGUGCUCUAAGCUAAAUGACCUUUAACCUUUUCCCACUCAGAAGCAAAGUGAAUAUGGCUAUAUGCAAACAGCAUAAAACCAGAUCAGCCUGCGAGUAACUCGCAGUCUGUUCAGGUUUUAUGCUGUUUGCUGCUCAUCAGUAUCUAUGGUUUGGAGAUGAAGCUUUAAAAACUUGAAUCUCAUAAUCUUUAAUUUAAUUAGAUUUUCUAAGACACUUAAAAUGUGUCAAAGUGCGUCUCUGAAGAGUGGUAAAGGAUUAAAGUGUGAUCAUAAAGGAAGGUUUUAAGCUGCAACAAGUUUGUGCACUUCAGGUCCUUUUAUAUUUUCUACAAGUAUAUCAUUACAUGUGUUUAUUAAUAGAUUAACAAAAAUAAUGCAAGAAUUAUGUUUAUAUUAAUUUAUCCUGAAAACAAAGGUUGCAAUUACAUUGCAAGAACUGGUUUACAAUUUUAGGGCUAUUUUUAUGGUGUUUAUUUUAGGUCAAUUACCAGAAUAUAUUUAAAAGCCCCUGAAGGAGGGCAUAUAGUGAUCGCACUGUUUGUCCGUCUGUCUGUCUGUCCGUCCGUCUGUCUGUCCGUCACACUUUGCAUUUAAGUUUCGAAAAAUGCUCAUAACUUCUUUCCCGCUUCAGAUGUAACCUUCAUAUUUGGUAUGCAUGUGUAUAUGGACAAGGCCUUUCCAUACGCACACAAAUUUUGACCCCUUUGACCUUGACCUUGAACUUAGGGUCCGCGUUUAGGUUUCGAAAUCUGCAUUUAGGUUUCGAAAAAUGCUCAUAACUUCUAUGUCGCUUCAGAUGUAACCUUCAUAUUUGGUAUGCAUGUGUAUAUGGACAAGGCCUUUCCAUACCCACACAAAUUUUGACCCCUUUGACCUUAACCAGCGUUUUACUUUUAUGGAUACUGUUGUUUAUCAUUUGAAAUAUUAGUUUUACAAUGCAAUGCUAAGGACAUCCUGAUAUCUGGAUUUUCCUAAUUUGCAUAUUUUGUGUUCACUGUGAUUAAUGCUGUACAUUUUAUUGCAUGUUAAAAAUGACGAAAGUAGUCGUGGAUAUAAAAUUCUAUUUAUGUAUGAUAGUCCAAUAAAUGAAUAAAUUUUA